CUCCUCCGUGUAACUGAUUUGGGAGUUUCAGCUCAGCUGGGUUUCAAGCAACACAGCACAAGCAUGGCCACUCGUUCGCUGCUCUCCGUUGUCAAAAAUCGCUCUUUCACUUCGCGCAUAAUUCCUCAUCAUCGUUCACUUAAGACGUUGGUUGUGGCUGAACAUGAAGGAGGAUAUAUCAAGAGUUCAACAUUAAGUGCGAUAGAGGCAGCUAAAUAUUUGGGCGAUGAUAAUUUUAUAUCUUUAUUACUUGCUGGAUCAGGUCCUUCAAUUAAGGAAACUGUUUCACGUGCUGCAUCAUGUCAUGCUUCUGUUUCUCAGGUUCUUAUUGCUGAUUCUGAAAAAUUUACGAAUCCUCUAGCAGAACCAUGGGCUAAGCUAGUCCAGUUGGUUCAUCAGAAAGCUAGCUACUCACAUAUAAUCUCAGCAUCAAGUUCAUUUGGAAAAAACAUACUACCCCGUGCAGCUGCCCUUCUGGAUGUUUCUCCAAUUACUGAUGUCACUGAAAUUUCAGGGUCUAAUCUCUUUGUCAGGCCAACAUAUGCAGGAAAUGCUCUUUCUACUGUCCGCUAUAAUGGCCACACUCCUUGUAUGUUGACCAUAAGGGCUCCAUCUUUUCCGGCUGGUUCAGUGGCAGCUAGUUCAAAACCUGUGGCUGCACCUAUUGACCAGGUUGAUAUUUCUACCUUGAAUGAAGAUGGUGCAGUUGGUAAAUCAAGAUAUAUACAGCUUUGCUCUCAAAAUGAGGAGCGCCCAGAUUUGGGAAAUGCACGCAUUGUGGUUACAGGUGGACGGGCUCUGAAAAGUGCCGAGAAUUUUAAAAUGAUAGAGAAGCUUGCAGAGAAACUUGGGGCAGCAGUUGGUGCAACUCGGGCAGCGGUUGAUGCAGGAUAUGUUCCUAAUGAUCUCCAGGUUGGGCAGACUGGUAAGAUUGUUGCUCCAGAAUUAUACAUGGCAUUUGGUGUUUCUGGAGCCAUCCAACACAUAGCUGGCAUGCGAGAUUCCAAAUUCAUUGUUGCUGUUAACAAAGAUGCUGAUGCGCCCAUAUUCCAGGUCGCAGACUACGGGCUUGUAGGAGACCUUUUCGAGAUCAUACCGGAGUUGUUAGAGAAACUCCCCGAGAAGAAGUAGAAGCCAAACAACACAUUAGAAAGUAUGUCUCUUGUCUUGGAAUGAGCACUUCCCCCCUGAGAGAAAUCUGUACUAUCUUUAUUCUUUUAUACUAAUAAAAUCGUCUCUUGGAUGAGCAAGCAUCUCUCUUCCCUGUUAUUGUGGCAAGAUGGUACAUGUAACAUGUUUAAUAGAUGACUGCAAUUUUUCAUCUCAUUGGGAGUCACAUUUUCAGAACUUAGCGAGGACAUUAAUUCUAUGUGCAUUAGUAAGUUAAGGAAGUAAUCAAGUAUGUAUGAACAAAUAUUGUAUUUAACU